AUGGACGUCCGGCGCGCCGUCCACGACGGCAUCCUUGAGCUGUACCUCAAAGCCCUGGAGUGCGACGGAUGGGGCGACGUGGACGCCGCGGAGGACACGUACCGCCGACUGAACGUCCGCGUCAAGCGCGAGGUCGAGCGCGGCGACGUCCGACUCUCGCACCACGAGCUCCAGCAGUGCGCGCGUCUCACCGCGAUGCUCGCGCUGCGCGUGAAGGAGCUGCGGACGGACGAGGACAUGGGGAUAGGCGCGGAGGCGUGCCGCGAGAUCAGGCCGUUCGUGGAGGCGUUCUUGUUGGACGUCCGCGCGGAGUUCCCGUUCGACGUCGAGCCCGAGGCGCGUCCCCGCGUCGCACCGCGUCUCGCCGGUCCCCGCGCCGCGUCCGCGCGGCGCGCGCCGAUCCUUGAGGACUUCGUCCGGCGCCCUCUCCGUCGCUCUCGUCCAAUGAAACGUCCACGUCAUCGAAUAACUAACCAAUAA